AUGGAUGACCAACGUCCAGAUCGUCACGCGCUACGUCAGCUUGCUUUGGGCUAUUUGACGGAUCCAUCGUCCGUGAGUGUUCCACCACCACCACCACUUUCCGCUCAGGUGGGCCCUAAUUUGCCCAAUGGACCGACAGUUCGCCCCUAUACAGCCGAAAUGAAUUCGAAUCAGAUCCUGAACACCAUAGAUCAUCCACCGGUUGUGAUUCAUCCGGCUAGUUCGAGUCCACCACGAGAUGCAUAUUCAACGGAAGUGAGCAGUCACAGAGAUUCGCAUUUGUGA